AUGGGCUCAACCCAGGAACUCACAGGACUCUUCCAGUCCCUGAUGAAAUCCUUGCACAGCCGCGUUCACCGGCCAGAUUUAUACUUCGGAUUCAAUGAAGCCCAGCUCACAGCCGUCAUCCCUGUCUCCAGUUACUGGCUGUCGGCGACAUUCUACGAACUUCUCGCCUACUUUGAUCUUUUUCCUGAGUAUCGCCUGCAACCGACGGAAGAAGAACACCGCCGCAAUAUCCCCUCAAAAGCUCAUGUCAUCAAGACGGUCCUGACCCUACAUGUAGGCCAACUACUCCUAGGAUUUGUUAUGGACUACCUUGGGAUCGGCUCAGCAGGCGAUGAGACUUCAGCCUGGUGGACAGACCUAAUCUGGAGCUAUUACCCGCCGCACCAUCCUUCUACUUACUCAUGGGAUUCCCAAAUUUUACUACAGAGAAUAGCCUCGACUAUCAUCCAUGUCUCAUUCCUACUAGGCCGUCAACUCCUCGCCCUGGCAGUGAUAGAUACAUGGGUUUUCUGGUUCCACUUCACCGCACACAAGGUCCAGUGGAUAUACCGUAACAUCCACUCCAUCCACCACGAGCUACACACCCCGUACGCCUACGGCGCCCUGUACAACAGCUUCACCGAAAGCUUCCUCUCGGAUAUCAUGGCGUGCGUGAUGGCGCAAGUCAUAGUCGGUCUGAGUAAUCGGGAAGCCAUCGUGCUCUUCACCUUCGCUACUAUGAAGCAAGUGGAUGAUCACUCUGGAUACUGUCUCCCAUGGAGUCCGUUUACGAUCUACGGGCGUUUGACCGGUGCGAGUGGUGUGUAUCAUGCAAUUCAUCACCAGAUGUGGGGAAUGAAGAGCAAUAUGGCGAACUACUUUACUUUCUGGGACCGUUUUAUGGACACAAAGUAUCUUGGAAAGCGGACUUUGCAAAGUCCACCGUCGAAAGCUGAAGUUGAUAGUUGGCCUUCCCAGAGGAAGGCUGUGCAUCUCGCCCAGUUGAAGGAACUGAAGGAACAGUGA